AUGCAUUUAGUAGACAAUGCUUACGCUAAUGAUGCCUUUCUUGAGAAGCUUAUCUCAUCUUGUCCGGUUCUUGAAGAUUUAACCGUUGUUAGAAACAAAUAUACAGAGGACUACCUUGAGGUUCUACGUGUGCGUUCUCAGUCGUUAAAGAGUCUCGUAGUUGAUCACGAUGGUAGAAAGUGUUGGUACAGAGAUUGUAGGGUUGUUGUGAUUGAUAACCAGUUCACAAGUUAUGUAAUAAGCAAUUUGAGUUCAUCCACCAAGGUAGACACUGAUGUCAGUUUUGAUGUGGACAUUGACCUAAAUGUAAUUGACUCCUCAAAGAGACGUGUAGUGAGACGUUUCUUCACCAUGCUCUCGAACGUAAGGGACAUGACUAUAAGUCAAACAACUUUAGAGGGCAUAUGUGUCUACUUGAAACAUGAACAACUGCCUCAGUUUCCUCACUUGAUCAGAUUAGAUGCGGUCUUGUAUAACUCUGAUUUGGGAAAUUUGGCAAACAUUCUUGAGAGCUGUCAAAAUCUCAAAUCCCUUGUCUUGGAGUUGAGUAAUCUUAAGGAGGAGGAACUACUUAUUCUAGCAUCAGUUCCAAAAUGUUUAAGAUCGUCCCUGGAGUACGUUGAGAUAAAAACACCGAUAAGAGGAGAUGUAGCUGAAAUCGAACUAGUGAAGUACUUCCUGGAGAAUUCGGCAGUGCUCAAGAAGUUGAAGAUGUGUUUGCGUUGUUGGAGAAUGAACGAAGAGUCAAUCAUCUUGAUGCAACUCUUGAGAUUAAGGAGAUGCUCUACUUCUUGUGAAGUUGUUGCUCAACUUCAAGAGUUAGAAGAGACUUCUCUCAAACUAUGA